AUGGCUGCUCUUACCCCCAACUCCGCCCGUGUCCUCCAGACCGUCGGCUUAACAACAACCGCCAUUCUAGCCGGCGCCUCGGCCUCCUUCUCGAUAUACACCGUCCCGCGCCUCCUCGAAUCCCCCACUCCCCUCCUCCUCAAGCAAUUCAAACACAUGUUCGCCGCUGGUCACGAUACCGUCCCGGCCGGCACGGUCGUAGCUGUCACCUCUCUUCUCUAUCUAGCCUACGAUAGCCGCGCCGCCGGCUCCCCCGCCUGGCGCGGGUAUGCGACUGCCGCGGCGCUGGCGCUGGGAAUUAUCCCGUACACGCUGAUUGUGAUGAUGGGCACGAACAAAGUGCUGCUGGACGAGGCAGUGGCAGAAGUAGCGGCGGAGAAGGUGGAGACGAAGGCCGCGUCGGUGAAGCAGCUGCUGGAUCAGUGGGCGACGAUGAAUUUGGGGAGGUCAGUGCUGAUGGCUUCUGCGGCAGUUACGGCGACGUGGACAGCGCUGGGGAAGGAGCUAUGA